UUAAACUUCAAAGCAGAAAAAUGAUCCAUUGAUGGAGGACAAGAAAGCUUACUCCAUAGCCAUUUCAUUGGUGAUUCUGUUGAUCAUAGGCGUCGUUAUUGCUGGGAUAACGCUUAAACUUACAGAGACUUUUUUCCUCAUAUGUGGAGCUGAUGUUGCAGCCAUUGUUGCUGUCUUUGCUUUUGUUAUAAUCCGAAGGAAGUUCAACAGCAGGAGGCAAUUACUAGAAAAGCAACUCGAUUCAGAUGGACGCGAGUUGAGGAUAGAGUAUAGUUUUCUUAGGAAAGUUGCAGGGGUUCCAACAAGAUUCAGAUUGAAAGAACUGGAAGAAGCAACCGAUAACUUUGGUUGGUUAGUAGGUCGUGGAUCAUCGGCUUGUGUUUUCAAGGGCAUACUCAGUGAUGGUGCAGCAGUAGCAGUUAAAAGGAUUGAAGGAGAGGAGGAGCGAGGCGAUAAGGAAUUUAAAUCAGAAGUUGCAGCCAUUGCUAGUGUCCAACAUGUUAACCUGGUACGUCUAUUAGGGUACUGUAGUGUUCCCCCCUCGGGGCCUCGUUUCUUGGUUUAUGAAUAUGUUGUUAAUGGAUCACUUGAUAAUUGGCUUUUCCCUCGAAGGAAAAUCCGAGAUCGUCCUAGUGGCUGUUUGUCAUGGGAUUUAAGAUGCAGAGUUGCCUUAGAUGUCGCUAAGGCACUUUCCUAUAUGCAUCAUGAUUGUAGGUCAUGUAUUUUACAUCUUGAUGUCAAGCCUGAGAAUGUUCUUCUUGAUGAGAAUCACCGUGCCAUUCUCUCGGAUUUCGGGCUAUCAAAGUUAAUGGGGAAAGACGAGAGUAGAGUUGUCACAACCAUUAGGGGAACUCGAGGCUACUUAGCCCCGGAGUGGCUUUUGGAGAACGGGAUUUCUGAAAAAAGUGAUGUUUAUAGUUAUGGAAUGGUACUUUUGGAAUUGAUUGGUGGGAGAAGAAAUAUUCGAGCUGUUGAUCAACAUCCGGACAAGUCAAAGGCGAAGAAAUUCAUCUACUUUCCCAAGAUUGUGAGUGAGAAAUUGGCACAAGAGAAAAUCAUGGAUGUUGUGGAUGAGAGGCUCGUUGAUGAGGUCGUUGCAGGAGGAGAAGUCGCGGAAAUACAAGUGAAAAGAUUGGCGUGUGUGGCGUUGUGGUGCAUCCAAGAAAGGCCUCGGCUUAGGCCAACCAUGGCACGAGUCGUAGAAAUGUUGGAAGGGCGUUUGCCCAUAGACGCGCCUGCACAGACGACAAUGCCAAUCGCUGACCUAUUAGCAAACGACGAAGAUCUUGAUCAUCAUCCCCGGCAGCCUGCUGCUAACCUUUCUUCUGAUUCCACUUACUCUUUUACAAUGUCUGUUCUCUCAGGAAGGUAGUACACAGGCUACAUCUUGGAUUGUAUCUGCUUCCUUCAUUCUGCUUUUGUUUACACCAAAUUAUAAAAAUACACAGGGAUGUUGUUGUUGUUGAUUGCU